AUCAAAAAUCAGUUGAUAUUGAUAUUUGAUAAUUGAUAAAUUUUUUUCACAUAGUAAAUAAUGCUAUUUUUUAAAUUAAGAUGGAUCCAAAUGGAAACGGAAAGAAAGACGUCAAGCCUUUGCUGAGAGAAAUUCUUCGUCGCCAACGUUUAGAUUUAGAUUAAAGAAGAAUAGAUCAAGACAGCAGAACAGUAAAACAGCAUUCCAGAUUUAAAAAGUCCUUAUCAUGUCAACCAAAGAGAAAUCAGAAGAACCAUACAUCUGGUAUAAAGAGAAAUAUUAUCCCGGUAUUGAUGUGCAGCUAUAUGCAAAGCAAGAAGAAAGUCCAAAAACAUCCUCGCAGAGUGAGAAUAGUCUUUCCAUAGGCAAGCAGUGCAAAGAUGUAAUUGCCAAGUUUAAGUGUCCACAUUCAAAAAAUUUGUAUGCGAUUGAACAAUCUGAUAGUCCUUUGGAUUAUGAUGACAAUUUAUUAUGUGACUUAUCAAUCUCUGAUAAUGAGGAAGAACAUUAUAAAGAAAAAUUAGUAGUAGAUGACGGGCUCGGGCUGGAUCAUAUAUUUGGUCCAGUUGAAGAUAGGAGUGAAAAUGAAGUACUUUUCUACAAAGGCUUUGAAGAAGACGAUGACGAAGAACUUGAUGAAGAAACUGAUGAGAUUGAAACUCCUCAUGUUCCAAUUCCCUGCGAAUUAACUCCACCAAUCAUUUUGUUAAAUGAAAGCCCACCGCCGGGUCAGGUAGGAGACUAUCCACUGGAAGACUUAGAGUUUGUUUACAAUGAUACAGACACUCACGUCAAUGAGAUCUCAGAGUUGUACAGCUAUACCGAACAGGGAGAGUUAUCUCUUAACCUCAAGGCAUUUGAAGACCAGAUGGAGGAAUUUCAACUGCCUCCAAGCUGGCAAAAAUUAUCAAAAGAAAACAGAUAUAACAUAAUUCUGAAACUUGUUGAUCAGUUGGAAUAUAGUGUAAAACCUGUACGAAUGAGAACUGCCAGAUGUAUACUCUACAUUGCCCAAGGCUGUUGGGCCGAAGUUCAAUCAGACACUGAACAACAGCAUUGGUCAAGAGUGAAUUCUCUUCAGCUGUUCCAGUUAGGAGCUUUUGAGUCCCUUCUUCCACUCUUAAAUCUUGAAAUUGAUAAUCAAACUGCUGCCCAUGUGGCAAUGAGAAAAAUCGCAGUUUCCCUUGCAGACUCUCAAGAUCUAAGAGUUAUAAUUUCAAUAAUGUACAUUAUAAUUGAAACAUGUAGGGUGGAAUUGGCAUCAGAAAAUAGUGAUAUACCUGAAAUUAAAAAUCAAAUACAAGCGUUUAUUUCGGAAAUAGGUCAUUUUGCUGGAGAAGAUAAUUUAGUAAUAAAAUUACUUUCAAUGGUAACACGGUUUUGCAGUGGGGCAUCCCCGCACUUUCCAAUGAAAAAAGUUCUGUUAUUAUUGUGGAAAAUAAUCCUAUUGACACUUGGUGGUAUGGAAACACUCAAAAAUUUAAAGAAGAAAAAGAGAGAGGCAGCUAAUCUACCUCCACAGGACGAAGAUACAAUGGAAAUCGCUAGAACCAUGCGAUCUUCUUCUCCACCAGCCAGUGCUAGUGACCUCUUGGAGUUCCAAAACCAAAAACGAAGACCGUUUAGAAGGAGUUUGAUGAAACAAAGUAGCUUAGACGACCAGGAAUCACUGGCCAUGGAAAUUGAAACUUCCAUGGGUGGCGAAAAUGGUGAUGAUAUCGCCGACAUGGUGGAAUACGACGAGCGUCGUCCUACCGAUAAUAUCGAAGCUAGUCAAAUGUUUAAUAAUCACAUUUUUAAUAUGUAUAACAUGCAGGUUUCCCCGCCGCCUGAGCCUGAGACAAUUUUUAAAGCGUUACCUUGGAAAUCUAAGAUUAGACAGAAAGACGUUGAAAAUUAUAUAGAUAAUUCGCGCACCAAGUUCUUGGGGUAUAAUUUGCCCGGAGACAAUACAACUGUAUUUGGACUGCCUAAUCCUAUCAUUGAUUCAAUUAACAUUUUAAAAGAGCACGUAUAUACCUCGCUAGCGGAGCUCCAGAUUAUGAAAGAAGAAGAAAUUGCCCGCAAUCCAUUUUCGACCAAAGAAGAUGAAAUAGAACUCACCCCAACGGAAAUUUUGUAUCAGGCGAUGUUACCAAAUCUACCUCAGUACAUGAUUGCGCUGCUGAAAAUUUUACUUGCUGCGGCACCCACGUCCAAAACCAAAACCGACUCGAUCAAUAUCAUGUCGGACGUUUUACCUGAAGAAAUGCCGAUGACAGUAUUACAGUCGAUGAAGCUCGGGAUUGACGUCAACCGUCAUAAGGAAAUAAUCGUAAAAGCCGUCUCGGCUAUAUUGCUACUGCUUCUCAAACAUUUUAAAUUAAACCACAUUUACCAAUUUGAGUUUAUGUCGCAACAUUUAGUGUUUGCCAACUGUAUACCGCUGGUUUUAAAAUUUUUUAAUCAGAAUAUUAUGGGAUACGUUGGAGCUAAAAACGCCAUCCCAAUAUUGGAUUUUCCUUCAUGUGUAAUUGGAGACCAACCAGAACUGACGGCUGAGAGUCUAGAAAUCGGAGAUGCUGCAUUGUUUUCAUGGAGAAAUAUGUACUCUUGUAUAAAUCUGCUUCGCAUUUUAAAUAAACUUACCAAAUGGAAACAUUCACGCAUUAUGAUGUUAGUGGUCUUUAAAUCUGCUCCGAUUUUAAAAAGAACCUUAAAAGUUAGACACGCCCUGACUCAGCUUUAUGUGCUUAAGCUGCUUAAAAUGCAAACUAAGUAUUUAGGCAGGCAGUGGAGGAAAUCGAACAUGAAAACUAUCAGCGCGAUCUAUCAGAAAGUUCGUCAUCGUCUUCUCGAUGAUUGGGCUUUUGGAAAUGAUCUUGAUGCUCGUCCAUGGGAUUUUCAAGCCGAAGAAUGUGCCCUUCGAGCGUCAGUCGAUCGGUUCAAUAAUAGACGUUAUACUCAAAAUAUAGAUAGCGAAUUCGAACCGGUAGACAACAGCCUAACUGGCGUUCUCGGCAACGAUAUUGAAUUGUCUGAAGAAUUUAAAAAACACUAUCAUUUGUGGGUGGAACAAGAGGUGUUCGGACCAGUGCCGAUCAAUUGGGAAGAAUUAUUGAUCAACAUUUCCGAUGAAUUCCCACCGUCGACUAAAAAAGAGUAAUUUUUGUAUUUAUUUAUUUAUUUUCUUGUUUAAAAUUUUUUGAUAUGUAUAUCCACUUUGGUUUAUUAAAUUAUAUAAAUUGAUAUUAUGCCUGCCUAGAUUAAUUUAGGAGUUUUAUACUGCUUUUUCUUUUGUGCCUAUCAUAAUUGUUGUGUCCUCCAUAAAAUCUUUUUAUAGGAAAAAUGGUCCAAACUGAGUAAAUAUUUGCAAGAUUAAUGUAUUGAAUAUGGUAUUGUGUAAUAUAAAAGAAUAACUUCAUUAACCAAAAUGAGGAAGUCAAUUUUAGUUAAUAUUCCAAUAACUAGGAAGGUAACUAAUAAUUGAUUAUGGCCUAGGGUAUAUUUUGGCAACCAAAAAAAAUGGGCAGUAUAGAUAUUCUAAAUGUCUUUAUUAACUGUAAUUCUUAAGUACUCAUUUGUAAGUCUACUAUUUGACACUCACAAAAUUAAUGUUCGAUGGGUUGCAUUUUAUUAAAUGCUUUGAAAGUGUUUAAUAUGCGUUAAGGUCUAUUUUUUGCUCUCGAAUGUAUUGGAUUUAUUAUAAUUAUAGUGAGGCAACGAACUCCUAUAAUAGAUUAAGAAGUUUUACUAAAACUUUACAAACAAAAAUUAAAACUGCCGCAGUAAAUACGCUUAUGAAACGGUUUGAGAAAAGUAAACACCAAUUUUUUAAAUAUGGGAGUAGGUAGUGUUAUUUAAAUCUUCUUUCUAUAUAAUGCCUUAAAGAAACGUUGCCUUGUAAUAAAAAAACAGCCAGUUACUCUAGUUUAUUAUUUUACUCUCUGUACAUAAAAGAUAAUAUAUAAUAAGUCUUCCUAAUAAAUAUUUCUGCUAAAUUUGUUACUUCAAGAUACAUUUAUGAAAAAUAGGCCUUACGCGUUUAUUAGUUGAAUUCCAUUUCGUUAAAAUUGUGUGUAUAGAACUUGCUAUGAAAACAUUUUAUAUACAUGAUAAAAACAUAUAUUGAGAACCACUUAAUACUUAGGCAUCAUCUGUUUAGUAUAUAUCAGCAAAGCAAACGAGUUCUUAGAGACAUUUGCAAUCAUCAACGCAGAAAUUUCCAUUUUAAAAUGUUCAUUAGUUCAAACAUAAAAAAAAAAGAUUUUCGAGGACCUUGUCUAUAUAAAAAGUGAUCCCAACUAAGAAUACAACCAAUACAUGUAUAAUAAUUCUUAGUAGGUAUAAUGUCGCACAUGUAGUGUCCUUGUGAUGCAAUAAGAUAAAUUAGGUAAAUGUUUUUAUACUCUGCCUCAUAAAAAUGCAUUACUUGUGAUUUUAUAAAACCAGCCUUUUUAGUUCCAGUUUUAAUGGGGCUAAAGACUGUUUUGUUAAAGCAGGGCUUUGAAUCCCAAUCCUGUCAGUGUCAAACCAGUUCUUGCAAAGGUAGUUAGUUAUAAGUUUUGUGGGUAAAACAGUCUUGAGUCCCAUUUUGGUUGUCUAUAUAUUUCUAAUAAUUUUUUUGUAUAUUUUGUUUUUCAUUGGUUUAAGGGACUGUUGAAAGGCUACUUUUACUUGUUACAGAUAAAACGUUCUCAUUAAUAUAGUAACCCUAUCCAUAUAUAUUAUGUAUGUAUAUUAAGAAUGCAAGGAUUUGGUUCAAUAACUAGAGGUGGUCUUUAGUCCCUUUAUUAGUUAACUAUCCUGAGAGUUCUAAUAAAUCAUUAGUAUAGAA